GAGUGUCUGAGGGCCGUUGGGCUACAGGGUCACUACACCAGAUUUACCUCAGUGGGAGUUUGCCGUGCAGCCCACCUUUCAGCACUGUCCAUGGAGGACUAUCCCAUCCUGGGAAUCCGCUCUAUGGAGGACAGGACUCGACUCUUUAAUCUGGUCCAAAUGGUCAAAACUCUUGACCUUGAAUAUGAAGAUGGUGAUGAUUAUUAUGAUGUUAAUGAUGAAGACUAUGCUGUAGCAGAUGACAGCUUUAGCUAUGAUGAUGAGGAUGAGAAGGGUGCUGGAGUAAAUGCAACCAGUUUUUCCGAUCCAUCAUUCGUUCGCAGACAACUUGAUUUCAGUUCAGAAGGAAUUGAUCAUCAUGUGAAGCUAUUUUCUCCUCCAGAAGACACUGUUCAUGCAAGUACUGAGCCAGGCCGGGGCAAAGGAUCAGCCAGACCUUUGCAGCUUGACACUGGAGGGGCUUUGGUAUGUGGCUGCAAAGGGAAGAGGAACCAAAGGCCAGAUGCCCGUGAAUCUGAUCAUCACACAGCAGCAAACACAGAGCCAAACAUCAUGCAAGGAGAAUCCAUGUACAGCUCUGCCACUAAAUUAUCGCCAAAGUUUGUCUCACUGUGUAAAUUAAACAACAGACCUGCACCAGUGGCAUCAAAUAGUUUUAGAAACAAACCAGUUGGAUGCAAAGACAGAAAAGGAAUCUCUAGGAAGGACAAACUCU